GAUCUUAAAAGAUGUUGUCCAGUGGUAUUACAUAGUAGUCACUCAUGAAGGCGAUGAAGAACUAAAAAAUUAUGAAGUCAAUCUUAACUUCCAAAUUGAAAAAGCGUUCAAAAAUCAAGACAACACAUUCAGUUAUUGGGAAGACAGUAUUGAAGUAGUCGUCGAUUUUAAUGAGUUGCAAGAAUAUGAAAAGGACGAAACGGAUGACUACAAGAAAACGAAGAUUGUUCGAAAAGAUUUGAUUAAAGUCACAUACGAAUUAGACAAAAUGCCACAAGAUUGGAAGGAUAUGAAAGGGAAUCUUUUAGUGCACUGCCUGCUUAGUACGGACCCUAAAUACACAACCAUAGCCACUACCUUCACAGCGUCGGCCGGCUUAAAUUUUACUAUUCAAAAGAUCGAAGUGGUACAGAACAAGUCUUUAUGGCAACAGUACGCUGCAAAGAAGAAGCAACUUGAAGAACAGAAUCCCCAGGGAACAACAAACGAACGUUUUCUCUGGUUUGGUACCUCUGCCGACACGGUGGAUAGCGUCAAUGCGCAUGGCUUCAAUCGCAGCUACUGUGGAAAGAAUGCGGUUGUAUUCGGUGACGGAGUCUACUUUGCGGUCAAUGCAAGUUAUGCAGCAUCAGAUACAUACUCUAUACCAGAUCCGAACGGUGUUAAACGGAUGUACUACUGUGGAGUUCUUACUGGAGAAUAUGCGAUGGGUAAAGCAGGAAUGCGUGUAACGCCACCUAAACCAUCUGGUGGAAAAAAUGCCUUAUUCGACUCAGUUACGGAUAAUUUACAGAAUCCUGGGAUGUUUAUUAUAUUCAAUGAUACACAAGCUUACCCGCUUUAUAUCGUCCAUUUUAGAUAAGUAAAUUUGUGUUAAUGUCCAUAGACAUUUUUAGGUCGUUACAUAUACACUGGGGGUAUAUAUUGUAUUUUUGCUAUUUUCGGUACUGUUAUUUGCUAGUGUCUGCUAAGUUAAAGUUACCCAAUCGCCAUUUAACUUACUGUGAUCAUGUGACUCUAAACCUAUGCGUAUGCGUAUUCGAACACUUUUGAUCAUUUUUUGUGAAAUGUGGUUAUAAAUGUUCAACGUUAAGUCGAACAUAUUUUAGAGAUUUCUGAAAUUUAAUGAAAAUGUUUAUCUAAUUAAAUAGUUUAUACUUUUAAUAAUAUAGAUUUCGUUAGGAUGGAUAUUUGAUCAUAAACGCAAUUUUCUCUUUAAGUAGCUUUGAUUGCAAUAUUAAUUUUUAUUCUGCUGAACUAUUAUUGCUGUCAUGUUUUUUUGAAAAAAAAUAUUCAUUCAAUACUUUAUUUUAGUGCAUGUGUGUUGAGUGUUAUACAUAGUUUGUUUUUAGCUUACCUGAGCACAACGUGCUCGUGGUGAGCUUUUGUGAUCACUUUUUGUCAGUCGUGCGUCGUCAACAUUUUUCUUGUUAAAACUUUAUAGGCCACAUGUAUUGUUUUUAUUUCGUAAAACUUUGGCUAUUGUAAAAAAACUUCUUAACACUCUAGACGUCUUAUUUUUAUCUAAUCUAAUCAAAACAUGUGUUCUAAUGAUAUCUCAGGUUAGUUCGUAAAAAUGGUACCGAUCCAAACAAACAUGGCUGCCAGAGGAUGGGGCGGUUGUCCUUAAAUGGCUAUAUUUAAACACUUUUUAAGUCACAUUUUAGUCCAAUCUUUGGUACGAACAUUUGUUUUAAAGAUAUCUUGGCCGAGUUUGUAAAUGGUUGUGGUCUGCUGAAAAACAUGGCCGCCAGGGGGCGGGAUAGAUUUUUUCAUAUGGCGUAAGGGGCUUUAGUAGAACCUUGUUGCCACGGUAAAUGUUAGCUUAUUUGUCCAAUCUUCAUGAAACGUAGUAGAACCAUUUAUUCGAAGGAUAUCUUGGCCUUGUUUGAAAACGGUUGCGGUCAUUAAAAAACAUGGCCGACAUAGAGCAGGGAAGUUUUCUUAUAUUGCUAUAGUAGAUAUUAAAACCAUGUUAACAUUGUAGAAAUCGCAUUUUAGCCCAAUCGUUAUGAAAUUUGGUUCAACAUUUUUUGGCAGAGUUUGAAAAUGGUUCUGGUCCAUUGCAAAACAUGGCCGCUAGGAGACUGGGCAGUUUCCCUUAUAUAGCUAUUGCGAAACCUUCUUAACACUAUAGAAGUCAAAUUAAUGGUUCAAUCUUAAUGACAUUUGGUAAGAACAUUUGUUUUACUGAUAUCUUGUCCGAUUUAUUAAAUGGUUCUGGCAGGAAAAUAAAAUGUAAAUGUUUCAUAAAUCAAUUUUAAUGUGUUAAACUCAACCUUUUCAGAGUAGUUUAGUCCCUUAAAGUCUCAGUAAAGCGACUUAAGGACCAUGAUUCUACUGUUAUUAUUACAAUAGAUAUGCCCUUAUAGAGCUUGGAUAGAAUAAGAUUUUAUUGUAAAACUGUACAAAAUGGUUUAUAUACUUUACUUUCUAAAAUAUAAUGUUUCUUUAAUCGUGCAUAUGUUUUUUACUCGCCGCCAAAUGCGGAGGGAUAUUGUUUAUGCGUUGUAUGUCUUUCCGUCUGUCACAAAAAUUUUAAUUGGCGGGGAAAUAUCAAUUCAACGAAUUUGCUUGUUUUAUUUACUGAUUGAAAUAGUAAUUAUAUUGAUAUUUUUUUACAAAUAUAUAUUUCUUAAAUUAUAUUUGUUUACUCUUAUUGUGUAUUGAUCCAUUUCUUCUUCGAAGAAGUACCAUUAUUGCCUAAAUAAGAAUGCAUAUAUGAAUUAUUGUAAACAAACUGCCAGUUGUUUUCGUUAAUACAUCGCUAUAGUGGUUGACAUAAAUCACGCGCACGCAGCAGCCGUUGGUGAUUGUUAAAAGUAACAACGUAGAAUGAUGUUUGCAUAAUAGAAGAAUUGUUAUGGGUGAAUAAGGCUGGUUGGGGAGCCCUUUGUGAUUUUUGUGAGAGACAAAAUCCGGACUAACCUUCGACUUACAAUUAAGUCUUGUUUAAUCCCUAUAAUUUCAUCUCACAAAUAAACUUCCAAAUGGGCCUCAAAGAGACUUUGGAGUAUAUUUGCAAUUAUCAUGUUAUAAUGAUUGGUUUUUAUGUGUACAUUGUAUCACUUAUAAUAUGAUAAAAAUAUUUGCUUGUUGAAAUGAUUUUAAGCAUGGAUUUAUCAGUCAUUCAUUUUUAUUCAAUAUGUUAAUCUGUAACAAUGCAUUUCCCUUUGACCAUAGAGCAUUAUGUAUUUUUCAUCUUGGUUCGGAAUAAAACAGAUAAAACUAAUGAUUACGUCCUAUGGUUACUUCCCAAAUCAAAACAUCAUUAAUUAUGAUUAACAACAUAACAGCUUGCUCUAUAAUCAUAUCAUAUCGCAAUAAUAUAAAGAAGUACCCCACUAACACAUGAUCGAUUUUAUUUAUUUGUUUGCAGAUUACUAAUUCAUAAGUUAAUGCGGCAGUGACAUUUCGGAAACCCAAUUAUCAUAAUAUUUUGCAAAUGUUGCGGUAUAACUUCUACGGUGUCUAUAAUGGAUUUAAUGGCACACCUCGCAUUUUCGCUUUUGAUUAUUCAGAUGGGGUAAUCACGUGAUAGUCAAGAUGUCGACGUCCAUACCGACACAGUUAUUUUUCGCCGUUUUAUACCCUUUAUUACUUUUGUUUAUUUUUUUAAUGACGCUCACUUUCCAGCCAUAUCAGUAAAAAGCUGAUUAGCGUUUAUUUCGUAUUUAAAUUCGCUUUAUAUCUCGACUUUACUCACAGAUAAUUUUCUUAGUGGAGCCCUAAUUAGGUCAUCCCGCUAAGAAAUUUCGCACCGAGUAAAGUCGAGUUAUAAAGCGAAUAUUACUGUGAAAUAAAAGCCAGUAACUUCUUCCUAAAAUUGCUGGAAAGUUAGCGGAAUAAAAACAAAUAAUACAAGUAAUAAAGGAUAUAAAAUAAUGUAAAAUACCUGCCUCGGCAUGGACGUCAACUUGUUUGUCACGUUAUUACCCCUUCUGUUAUUUAUAAGUGAUACAGAUCGUUCAGUCUGUGCUUCCGAUUAUUAAGAUUUAAAGAUGUCAGCUGUAUGUAAGGAUUUAUGUGCAUGACUUAUUCUGAUUUCUAUAAAUACUGUUGUUAUUAUCAAAGCAUGAGUUUAAUAAGUAUAACUUCUAUAUUUUGCAAUAUGCAAACCAUGCACUUGACUGCCUGCACAAAAUAUGUAGUGAUUAAUUCGUUUUAUGAUGCGCCUUGUCUGAUUUUAUUACAUAUACUGGAUUAUGUUUAUGUUGUAGCCAGAAUAGUUUUUAUUUAUUUCCGUUUUCUUCGUAAAUACACGAGUUAAGUGUUCGCUGGUUUUCGUGUGUAAAAUAUAAAUAAAUGUCAUCAUUUCCAAA